UCGCGACAAAAAUCUUGCGACGCCAUUUUGUCGUUCUCUUUUCUCCUUCUCUUUCUUUUACCAACGUCGAACAGGGAAGAUGGGCAAAUUCUUGAAGCCCGGUAAGGUGGUGAUCGUCCUCAACGGACGUUACGCUGGCAAGAAGGCCGUCAUCGUCAAAGCCAACGAUGACGGAACUUCCGAGCGCCCUUACGGACACGCUCUCGUUGCUGGUGUCGCCAAGUACCCAUUGAGAGUGAAGAAGUCCAUGGGCAAGAAGAAGCAGGCUCGCCGAUCCCGAGUCAAGCCCUUCCUUCGUGUGGUAAACUUCAACCAUCUGAUGCCCACUCGCUAUGCUCUUGACGUUGCUGUACCUAAGGAGGUAGUCAAUGCUGCCGCCCUCAAGGACCGCUCACUCAAGGUCAAGGCCUACCGGGAAGUCAAAUCCAGGUUCGAGGAGAGAUACAAGACUGGCAAGAACCGCUGGUUCUUCUCCAACCUCCGCUUCUAAAUAAAUACUAAAAACCUCA